AUGCAGGUAACUGUCCCGAAGAGAUUCUCACUGGCAAUUGUUAUUCUGCACUUUACCACACGAAAUCUGUGGGGACAAGACUGGUCGGGGAUCAUCGCCGUCCGAGGACCGCUCAACCUGACGCGGGCGAUUUGGGAUCGAAACAUCACCGUCGUGGGGAUGUAUAAACUCAUCGAAGGAUUCCUGGAAUCUCUCGGUUUCCCACGUAUGACCGACACGUUUUGGCGUUCUUCCGUUCUGCAAUCGCCACCGAACAAAGCAUCGUGCCACGGGAUGGCAUUCGACAUGAUGGAUCCGCAAGGACAGGACUUCAGGAUCAAGUAUUGCACGGAGAGGAACGAGGAGGGACUGAGAACGGCUGUGCACGAGAUGGGGCACAUUGCCUAUUUCAUGGCCUAUUCUCAUCAGCCGGUCCUCUUUCGGAGAGGGAAUGUGAUCUUACACGAGGCCAUCGGAGAUAGUCUCUUCCUAUCUCUGAAAAACCGAGGAUUCUGGGGAAUCCCAUCACGUCGAAGUAAGAAGGAGGAGGUGGAGGGCCUAGGGUCGCUUUUAGGAGAAGCACUCAGGACAUUGCCUUUCCUCGCAUUCUCCUACGUCGUGGAUGAAUGGCGGUGGUAUGUGAGCAAUGAAGCAGAUACCAACGGCGAUGAAGACACCCUCAAUGAUGACUGGUGGCAGCUGGUCCGUCGAUAUCAAGGCCUGUCUCCACCAGAACCUCGCCGUGGGGCCUCACACUUCGAUCCCGCCUCCAAGCAUCAUCUUCUCUUGAACAGCCCUUAUUGGCCAUAUUUCCUGGCGAGGCUGCUAAGCUUUCAACUGCAUGAAGCUUUCUGCAAAGAGAAGGAUCCUUCCUCUCCCUUGCAUCUGUGCAGUAUCUACGGCAACAAAAUCGUCGGGAAGAAACUCAGGUGA